UCUAUGAACUUUUUGUCACUCUCUGGCAUACUGUGUAGCGGGAAACAUAUUUUCGGAGGCAGUCACCAUAGCCAUACACUGCACACCUUCUACACUGGGCAUCGCCAAGAUCAAAACUUUCCACUCUUUGAAGAUCAAACCAUGUCUCAUUUCAACUGGGAAGCUGAUAAAAUGUUAGAUUUGUAUAUCUACGAUUAUCUUACGAAGAGACAAUUGCAUACUACUGCAAGAUUAUUCAAGGCCGAAGCAAAUGUUUCAACGGGUCCUGUUGUUAUAGAAGCACCUCGUGGUUUUCUUUUUGAGUGGUGGUCUGUCUUCUGGGACAUAUAUAUUGCCAGGGCAAAUCAGAAGGCAGAAGCAGCAUCUUACAGUAAGAAUCAACAAAUUAAAGCUCGAUUAAUGCAGAAGCAACAAGAACAAGAGUUUCAGAAUGCAAACCUAAAUCAACAAACACAAAUGCUGCUCUUGUUGCAAAGACGUGCUCAGCAGCAGCAACGUCUGGGUGGAAAUCAAUUUAUUAGUGGCAGUGCUAGCUGUCCUAUUAGCAAUGAUCCUUUAAUGAGGCAGAACCAGGCAGCUCCUAAUGCUAUGGCAACAAAAUUAUACAAUGACAAGUUGAAGCUUCCGUGUCAGAGAGAUGUUUUAGAAGAUGCAAACAUUAAGCAAAAGGUAGCUGAUGACGUUGGUAAGCUUUUAAAUCCAAACCAUGCAGUAUUAUUGAAAGCGGCUGGGAUGUCUGGUGAAAUGGCUUCAGGGCAAACAUUGCUCGGGAACAUUCAACACCUUCAAUAUCUGAACCAGAAGCUUCCAGGGUCUAUGCAAGACGUAAAGAGUGAGAUGAAUGCAUUGCAGGGGUCUCAAGCUAUUUCAGAAGGAUCCUUGAUUGGUUGUCAUGGAUCUAAUCCAGGUGGUAGCAAUUUGACUCUGAAAGGAUGGCCUCUAGCAGGGCUAGAUGAGCUUCGUUCUGGCAUUCUCCAGCAUAAUAGUUUGAUGCACUCUCCACAAUCUUUCAAUCAACUUUCUCUACGGCAACAACUUAUGCUUCAGGCACAACAAAAUUUGAUUUCUCCUUCUGUCUUUGAUAUUGAGCGCAGAAGACUUGGGAUGCUUUUUAAUGAUCGAAACAUGAGUCUUGCGAAAGAUGGCCAGUCAAAUUCCGUAGAUGAUUUAGGUCCCAGUAAUGGAUCACCUGCACAAGUUGGUUCCCCAGUGGUGUCCCAUCCAGACUCAGAUGUGUUCUUUAAGCAACAAAUUCAAAAUAGUAACCAGCAGCUUCAACAAUAUUCUCAACAUCCUCUUCCUAGCCAACCAUCUGAUAAUCUCCAGCAGCAGCAAGAAAAAAUUGGUCCCGGUCCUGGAAGCAUGACUAUGGAGGGAAAUGUGUCCAAUUCCUUACAAGGAAACGAUCAGGCUCCAAAGUGUAAACUAGUGCGAAAGCGAAAGUCAGCAUCAUCUUCAGGUCCUGGUAAUAGCUCUGGAACUACAAACACCACUGGACCACCUGCCAGUUCACCUUCAACACCAUCUACACAAACACCUGGAGAGAUGAUAACAGUCUCAACUCUGCAACAAAAUGCUCCUUCCUCUAAGUCAUCAUUUAUGUUUGGUACUGAUGGUUUGGGCUCACUUACAUCAUCACAAAAUCAAUUGGCUCAUAUGGAUCAUCUCGUGGGUGAUGGAUGUUUGGGUGACAAUAUUGAGCCAUUCUUAUCUCCCGAUGAUAAUAACAUCACAGAAAACGUUUGUAAAGGAUUAGGUUUGAAGGAGAUCAAGCGUAUAAUGGCAGGUUCACAUAAAGUUGAGUGUUGUCACUUCUCCUCAGAUGGAAAACUUCUUGCUACUGGUGGCCAUGAUAACAAGGUUUCUCUGUGGUGCACCGAAUUGUUUAACCAGAAAUCUACUCUUGAAGAGCACAGUGAAUGGAUAACUGAUGUUCGAUUUUGCCCAAGCAUGCCGCGUGUUGCUACAUCCUCAGCAGACAAAACUGUUAGGGUUUGGGAUAUUGAUAAUCCAGGUUAUUCUCUUCGAACAUUCACUGGACAUGCUUCGACAGUGACGUCUCUAGAUUUUCACCCUAGCAAAGAUGACCUUAUUUGCUCAUGUGAUAAUAGUGAGAUAAGAUACUGGAGUAUUAAAAAUGGUAGUUGUACUGGGGUUUUCAAGGGUGGUGCAACUCAGAUGAGAUUUCAACCUUGUUUGGGAAGGCUUCUUGCAGCUGCCGUAGAUAAUUUCGUAUCCAUUUUUGAUGUAGAAACCCUGGCUUGCAGACUUAAAUUACAGGGCCAUAAUAAUGUUGUGCGUUCUGUGUGCUGGGAUUCGUCUGGAAAAUAUUUGGCUUCUGUGAGUGAUGAUCUGGUUAGAGUUUGGAAUGUUGGAUCUGGCAGCAAAGGGGAAUGCAUUCACGAGUUGGCUGCAUCAGGGAACAAAUUCAACACCUGUGUUUUCCAUCCCUUCUAUCCUUUGUUGUUCAUUGGCUGCAACAAGACUAUUGAUGUGUUGGACUUCGGUGAGAAGAAGACAUUUACCAUGCAUGCACACGAAAAGCUUGUAUCUUCCUUGGCGGUAUCAAAUGCUGGCUUGCUGGCUUCAACUAGUCAUGACAAACAUUUGAAAUUCUGGAAGUGACCAGCUUCUUAGCCUUUUGUUAUGUAGAUAGAUAGAUGCUCAAGUUUUUUUUUUUUGCCCCUUUUUUUGUACGUUCUUAUAUAGGUCGCACUCUUUCACAGUGAAAAGAAUGUUUUGGAUUUUGGCCCGUCCCUUGUUGCUAUAUAGGUCAUACAACUUCUCUGGAUCAUUUCCUUAAACUUUGAUUUUCAAAAUAGAAAAGGGUAUACAGUGAAAGUGGUAAU